ACAGCGACUGCUGCGCUGCUGAGUAUCAAAGAACACGCCGCCACUGGGAGAAAAGGAGCAGCGUUUGGGACAAUGUGCAGCUAACUAGUCCGCUAUUUAAUAUUUGUUUCCACUUAGUAGUAAAAGCUCUGUCUUUGUGGAGCGGUACCGGAACCGUACUCCCGAAUAGCUUAUUAGAGGGGGGUCGCACUCCGUUAGCCAAAGCUAAACCGCAGACAGGAUCUCCGUCCCGGUUGAUGCAGGAGGGACCAGCCCCAGGAGCCGGGUGCCGCAGGCAGUCACACCCUUGUCUGGGGCAGGGAGGUGCUGUCUGCGCAGCUAUACUAUAUCGCCAUCCUCCAUAUAUUACGUUGUUUUGUGCAGGUACACGAUAACCCCAGAGCCCUGCACUAGAGCUUCGGAACAGUAUUGUGAGUUCGCGGUAAACUGGGCAGCGUGGAGUGGAUAUGACUGACUCAUCGUCAUGGCACGGACCGAGCAGAUAACCCUGACCCGUCUGUCUGCUGCAGUCCCAACCAGACAGUCUCACCGCUAGCUGAGCUAGACAGCCAAGUUAUUUAGACAUUCAACCGUCCCUGUUAUAUAGUCCCCCCUCGUAGUCAGCGUGGCAUCAUGACUACCCCGAUUUACACGUUUGUCACCCGUGAUGACAACAGCACAGUUUACGCAGAAGUUUCCAAAAUCCUCCUCUCGACUGGACACUGGAAGAGGCUGAAAAGGGACAACCCCAGAUUCAACCUAAUGCUCGGUGAACGGAACAGACUGCCCUUUGGACGUCUUGGUCAUGAGCCGGGACUGGUGCAGCUGGUGAAUUACUACAGAGGAGCAGACAAGCUUUGCAGAAAGGCGCCCCUGGUAAAGCUCAUAAAGACCAGCCCAGAGCUCUCUGACUCAUGCAACUGGUUUCCAGAAUCCUACAUCAUCUAUCCCACUGACCUCAAAACCCCCGUUGCCCCAGCUACGAAUGGCAUUAGUCAUCUGAAGAGCAAUCCCAAGACGGAUGAGCGGGAAGUUUUCUUGGCCUCCUAUUAUUCCAAAAAAGAAAGUGGGGAGGGCACAGUGUGGAUAGCCAAGUCCUCUGCCGGAGCCAAAGGUGCUGGUAUUUUGAUAUCCCAUGAUGCCAAUCAGCUGCUGGAGUACAUUGAUAACCAGGGGCAGGUCCAUGUCAUUCAGAAGUACCUGGAGAAGCCUCUGCUUCUGCAGCCGGGGAAUCGCAAGUUUGACAUCAGGAGCUGGGUGCUGGUGGACCAUCAUUACAACAUCUAUUUAUACCGGGAGGGUGUGCUGCGGACGUCCUCGGAGCCCUAUAACAGCUCUGACCUCCAGGACAUGACCAGCCACCUGACAAACCACUGCAUCCAGAAGGAGCACUCCCACAACUACGGGCGAUACGAGGAGGGCAACGAGAUGUUCUUUGAUGAGUUCAGGCUGUACCUGCUGAACACUCACAAUGUCACCCUGGAGACGGCCAUAUUGCCACAGAUCAAGCAGAUCAUAAAGAGCUGUCUGACAUGCAUCGAGCCGUCCAUCAGCACCAAGCACCUGUCCUACCAGAGCUUCCAGCUCUUCGGAUUUGACUUCAUGGUGGACGAGAGCUUCAAAGUGUGGCUCAUCGAGAUCAAUGGAGCUCCGGCCUGUGCACAGAAACUGUACCCGGAGCUCUGCCAGGGCAUCGUGGAUGUGGCCGUUUCCAGCGUCUUUGCCCUGAACAGCAGCGUGGAAUCCUCCUCUGCAUCCUCGUCCCCUUAUUCUUCCUCCACCUUCACCACCAACUCCUCGUGCUCCUCCCCCAAACUGAGAGGGCCUCUCCACGUGGGCCCUUUCACUCGACUGUAAGUACGUGCAAACACCCCCUCCCGGUCUUCUCCAUACAGCUUCUUCAUCCCCUGUCCUCACUACCGAACUCCACCUGAGAAGUAGCACCUGCCAGCCAGACGAGCGUCUGAUCGGACCUUGCCUCGCACAUCUGGAGGAGCAUUUCUCUCUCUAUGGAAGGAAAGGAUCCUUGCUCUCCUGAUAUGAAUGUAACACAUCUGAAGAAGGAAGGAUUAUGGAAGUUUCCGAAUUGAGGACAGACGCCCUUACGUCAGAGUCUCACCGCCAGUUUGUCCGCGAGUAGAGUAUCGGAGCUCAGAAGGACGGAGAGAUGCUCCGACCCAGACUGUAGUGCCUUACAUGUUCCAGCCCCGCUCCCUUAAACAGACGGCCGGUAUACUUGCUCUGCCUUCGCACUGUCGUCUGACAAAGUGAAAACGUUAAUGACCAGUCCACAAGAAUUAACAUGACGCCAGAGCUGAGUAGGCUUCUAAAUGUGUAAUUCUAUAUUCAGAAAACGAGACGUAUUGAAGCUAUCUGAAGCCAUUAGUUUCAUUCAUUGAACAGCGAUCAACAGUUUUAGCUUAAAUAGACUAAUAUACUAACCCAACUGUCCGAUGAGUUGAACAACCAAGGCGUCGAGGUUUGCCUUGAAGAUUUCCCUCAAACUACAAUUGGACACAACCAUUUUUUUUACAUUCAUGGCAGAACUGAACAGGGAGACCCUCCCUCACCUAAACCCGGGUUUAAGUCCAUCCUAACACGUGUAUCUGACCGCUGAGAGGAACGAGGACUGCCAUCAAGCAUCAGCCUGCAUUGUUCUGUUCUCUAACUCCUUAGAAAACAUAGUCCAGCUGGCAGUAUUUUUUUAGAUAGUUUUAUAAGUCAAUUGAGGAGAGCAUGUUUGUGUGAAAGCAUGUAAUAGAAAUCUGCACCUUUUAGUAAAGAGAGCUGCCCUAAAGUCUGAUUUAGAUCAGGUGUGUGAAAAAAGCUAGACUGUCAUUGUGAAGUGUUUAUGAAGUAGAGUAGAUCGUUUUAAGUGUUACAGAGAUAACAAGCCGACGGAGAACAUACAGCAAUACUUCUUGCUUUUGACACUUAAACAUACGGUGUUUAAUGUGAUAUUACCAAAGACAGGUGAACAUAGGAAGGAGGUCACAGACGGUUCCUCAUCCAUCACUGCCUUUUCCUCACUCACGGUUUGUGUUUGAUCCAGUUACUGUUUUUACACUACUUUUUACAUUUUAGUGUUAGUAUUAUUAUAUUAUUAUUCCUUCACCUGUCUUAUGAUUUAUGUCCUUGUAACUAGAGGAGACAUAAAAGGUGCAACUGCCCAAGAUCACUUGACUUUUGGGGAAGUGGAUUCCACUGUGUGACUGUAGGCGUUUCAAUGGAAAAGGUCAUUUUAAGCAUUUUAGUCUGCGUGUCCCUCAUAUUACUAGAACGCCUGCUGUUCCUGUCUUCUAUCCUCAUUCAAGUGGGCGAGGCUUCACUUCACGUCCGUUAAGGGACUCCAUCCAAGCAUUUCUUUUGACUUUUUUAUAUGUGGUGUGUAGGUGUUUACAAGAUGACUCUUGGGAAAGGAAGGAUAUGUAAGUGACUGAGGAGUCGUUACAGAGCUACUGUCAGCAGAUGUGGAUAUUAUGGGAUUAAUCCCAGUGAAUAAUCACAUACGAUGAAUCCAAUGGUGUGAUGGAUUACAGAGCCCUGAUGUAGCUGAAAUACUUGUGUAAAAAUAUCAAUGCUAGCAGGACAUUAUGUGAGGAUUGUGUUGGAAAAUGGCCCACGAUUGUUUUCUGAUUUUUUAAUUAUCAGAAGCAAAUGUCUAUUUCUUUUGUAAUUUGUAAGGAAAAUAUCUCUCCUGCAAAGGGAAGGAUGCCUUUGGCUUCAUUUUGAUAACAAGACGCAAUGGACCUCACGCAUUCAAAUGCCUCUUUAUUUGUUUGUUUUUAAGAUAUAUUUCCUCAUUCAUUAUAUGGCCUCUUAAAUUUGAUGAUGUCAUUUGCUCAGUUUACAAUGUGUUUCUGCUAGAUUUCCUCAUCUUUACCAAAGAUUAAUUCCCUGCUGUAUUGUCUGUGUCAAACUAUAUGUUUUGUAAUUGCUGUAAUCUGGAUUUCAUCACAUCUAUUGGCCACCAGUAGAGGAUCAUUUUCAGAGGGAGGUCUGUGUUGGGUGUUUGAUGAAGUUAUCUUGCAUGAUCAUUUCUCUUCAUGAGAUACAAUAUUGCUAGUAUACAAUUAAAAUACUAGUAUCAAGCCAUGUCACGUUUGAUUUUCUGCUUAAUGUGGUGUACUUCCCAAAAUGUUGGACUUUUAUUGAUAUUAAAAUACUUCUCAAUAUGAAGCAACGGGAAACGAGACUAGUAUCUUUUGGACCAUGAGUGCAGCUUGUGGGUCAGAGACGCCAAGUGGCCAGAUGUAAAAAACAACCAUGUAAAAUAUGUCCACCUGUUGUUUCUUGUCUGUUAAGUGUUUUUUGAAAACUCAGUUUCAGUGAAUUAAACGAUGAAUUUCUGUG